GUGAUAUAUUCGUAGGACUGUUGCAUAUAGAUAUAGUUUGUAUCGUUUGUAUCUUCCACGGUUAUUUACGUUCAAACGCUGUAGUAAACUACAAUUGAGGAAAACUUUAAAUAAUUGACUAAUUAAAUUCAAAAGAAAGAUGCCGUGUGAAAUGAUAACACUACAACUUGGCCAAUGCGGCAAUCAAAUUGGCUUUGAAUUUUGGAAAAGACUUUGUGCGGAACAUGGCAUUAGCCCUGAGGGAAUCUUGGAGGAUUAUGCUACAGAAGGAACAGAUAGAAAGGAUGUUUUCUUUUAUCAAUCUGAUGAUGAACAUUAUAUACCAAGAGCUGUGCUUCUUGAUUUGGAGCCACGAGUCAUUCACACUAUUAUGAACUCUCCUUAUUCAAAACUCUACAAUCCAGAAAAUAUUUAUCUGUCAAAACAUGGUGGUGGUGCUGGAAACAAUUGGGCAUCAGGGUACCAUCAAGGUGAAAAACUCCAGGAAGAAAUUUUUGAUAUUUUGGACAGAGAAGCUGAUGGAAGUGACAGUCUGGAGGGCUUUGUGCUCUGUCAUUCCAUAGCUGGUGGUACAGGAUCUGGAAUGGGAUCCUUUAUGCUUGAAUCUCUUGCUGAUAGGUUUCCAAAAAAAUUGAUUGAAACCUACAGUGUUUUUCCAAACCAAGAUGAAAUAAGCGAUGUUGUAGUCCAGCCAUAUAAUUCUCUGUUAACUUUAAAGAGAUUAACGCAAUGUGCAGAUUGCGUAGUUGUACUUGAUAACACAGCUUUGAACAGGAUCGCAUCUGACAGGUUACAUAUUCAAAAUCCAAGUUUCACACAAAUUAACAAGCUCGUCUCCACGAUAAUGUCUGUCAGUACAACAACUCUAAGGUAUCCUUCAUAUAUGAAUAAUGAUUUAGUGGGGUUGAUUGCUCCACUAAUUCCUACACCACGACUACAUUUUCUCAUGACGGGAUAUACUCCUCUUACAACAGACCAGGAGGGAGCUUCUGUAAGAAAAACUUCAGUACUUGAUGUAAUGCGUCGCUUACUACAGCCAAAGAACAUGAUGGUUUCAACUGCAUUAGAUAGAAAUGCAGCCCACUGUUAUAUAUCAAUUUUAAAUAUAAUACAGGGUGAGGUAGAUCCAACCCAAGUUCACAAAUCUUUACAAAGAAUUCGAGAAAGAAAAUUGGCACAAUUUAUACCUUGGGGACCGGCAAGUAUCCAAGUAGCGCUUUCAAGAAAGUCUCCGUAUAUACAAAGCACUCAUCGGGUUUCGGGUUUAAUGUUAGCCAAUCACACUAACAUAUCCUCGUUAUUUGACCGUGCUUUGCAACAGUAUGAUAAGCUUCGCAAACGAGAAGCUUUCCUGGAACAAUUUCGAAAGGAGAAAAUGUUUGAAGAGAGUUUAGAUGAGUUGGAUAAUUCUAGAGAGGUGGUAGAUUUCUUAGUAAAGGAAUACCAAGCUGCUACCAGGGUAGAUUAUCUCACUUGGAGUCCAAAUAAGGCCGAAUAGACACCAAUGAAAUUUCGAAAAAGGCCUCUAUUGCUGUCUCAAAUAUUUUUAUUUUUCUCUGACAGAUUCAACCAUCGUAAGUGGUAUUACGUCAAAGAAUGUUUACAUUUUAGCGAACAAUCCGUUCAACACUCAGUUGUUGAGUUUACUCAUAUAAUAAUUAAUUCAUUAAGUAGUCAGUCCUUAUGUUGGAUGUCUGAUGAAACUAUGCACUGAAUACUACCAAUUAUAGACUGCUUAUGAUUGUAACAGUUAAUGAUAGCUAAUAAAAAUUUCUCCUUAUACAA